CCUUCCUUCCUUCCUUCCUCCCCCUUUCCCCCUGGCCCGGGCCCGGCCUCUCGGCCCAAGAGCAGCGGUGGCGGCGCCCUUCAGGGGCGGGCCUGGGCCUCGCUCGCUCCUCCUCGGGGGAAAGAAAGGGGCCGGCAGCCCAGCCCAGGCCGAGGAGGAGGCUUCAGUGGCGGUGGCAAGAGAGGAGCCUUGGGAGGCGACGGCGGCGUCGUGGUGGUGUUGGUGUUGCCCGAUGGCGGCGGCGGCGGCAGCGGUGGGGCGGGCGGGGUCCCCCUCCCGGCCCAAGAUGCCCGCCUGGGCCGCCCUCCCGCUCGCCCUCCCGGCCUUCAGCAUCAGCGGCAUGGGCCUCGUAUACGGCAUGGCACUCUACAACAAUCACAUCUGCCCAGUCCACAACUGGAUUUAUAACCAAUCUUGUGAACGGAAUAUCCCUUUCUGCUGCACUCUGGAUCAUGUUCCUCUUGUCAGCAAGUGUGGUACCUUCCCACCAGAGAGCUGCUUCUUCAGUCUGAUCUGCAGCCUGGGCUCCUUCAUGGUGGUGCUGGUUGGCCUGCUAAGAUAUGCUCAUGUCAUGGAACAUUAUGGCCCUUCCCUUCUCAACACCUUGGGGUUAGCUACAGGCUGGAUCUGUGCAGCUGGCCUCAUUAUGGUUGGCAACUUCCAGGUAGACCAUGCAAAAGUGCUGCAUUACAUCGGGGCAGGAGUGGCAUUCCCAACCAGCAUGCUCUUUUUACUCGUUCAGUCGAUUCUGACUUAUCGCAUGGCAACAUCCAGAGGCCAUUACUGGACUGGCCACCUACGCAGCAUCCUUGCAGCCUUGGCAUUCAUCACCCUCAUCUUUAGUGGUGUAUUUUUUAUCCAGCAGAGCUUUGUUCUUCAACACUUGGCUGCUCUCUGUGAGUGGAUGUUUAUAAUAAAUGUGCUCGUUUUCUAUGGCACCUUUACUGCUGAAUUUGGAGCCAUUUCCACAGACACCUUCCUGGUUCUCCUGAAAGCCAGGCGGACUUCUAAAAGCUACAAAGUGGACAGCAGCACUCCAAGCAUGUCACACCUGCACAGUCACUUGGAGAACUUGGCCAUGAUGUAGAAUGGCUCCUGGAGGACGAUUCCUUGUGUGCACAAAAGCUCCCACAAGACGCCAGGACAAACUGUGCAUACUGGGAUGCUGAGCAAUCAAAAGGGGACCUCACCUCAAAAGACAACAUUAUUUUGGAUCAUGCCUUAGCAUCAGAUCACUUCUUUAUUUUGUUUAUGUGCUACACUAACGGUGACAUGGACAUUCACUGUUAUAAGCACACUCAGAUAUCAUGUCCCACCAGUGGCCUUUAGGUAGCAAGAUUUUCUUGCUCUUGCAUCAAAGCCUUGUUGUACUCCAAUACCUCCCACACAAAAGAAUGGAAAGUGGCAAUACUAAAUAGUCUGGGUAGACUAUCGCUUGUCAUUUGAUGACUUGGUAUUGGGGAUAUAAUAUAUCCUAAUAGUAGAGGAUGGCCCCCCUGGUGGUGCAGUGGGUUAAACCACUGAGCUGCUGAACUUGCUGACCAAAAGGUUGGUGGUUUGAAUCAGGGGAGCGGGGGUGAGCUCCCACUGUUAGGCCCAGCUCCUGCCAACCUAGCAGUUUGAAAACAUGCAAAUGUGAGUAGAUCAAUAAGUACCGCUUUGGCGGGAAGGUAAUGGUGGUCCAUGAAGUCAUGCUGGCCACAUGACCUUGGAGGCGUCUACAGACAACGCCGGCUCUUCGGCUUGAACACCACCCCACAGAGUCAGACACGACUGGACUUAAUGUCAGGGGAAACCUUUACCUUUAAUAGUAAAGGGCGUGCUCUGAUUCCAGCAUCUCCAUCCAGAAACUUGGGUGGUGAAGACCUUGCUGGGUAGGAGCUGGGUAGCAGAAACAUUCCAUUGCAGCCAUAGGGCUAUAGCAUCCCCAUCAAGUGGCCUGACAUUCACCAGGGACUUUGGGACCCAUAUUACUGUCAGGUGUCAGUUACUAAAAGGGGGAUGGGAGUCUUUUCCUUUCUUGUGGCCUUAAUUUUUUACAACCAAAAGUGAGUUAACUUUUGUCAGUUUAGUCCAGUUUAGUCUUCUCCUGAAUGAAUUAGUACUAAGCAAUAAUGAAUAUAGGCUUAACCAGACAUUGCUUCUUGAAAGUGGCCCACUUGUGGAGUUAGUGUCAGGUAGCUUUGGGGCUAAAUCUUGCUUUUAUCCUCAGAACGCUCUCAAUUUCAGCUGCAGCACUUUAGUUCCAUUGGAAGAAUCCUCUGCAGUACAGGUUGACAGCUGUGGUGCUGACUCUUCCAUGUGUAGGAGGAGGCCUGGGAAACACAUACCUUCUUCAUAGCUGUUCUUAGAGGUGCCAUCCCAUCCCUGUUCAAGGUGCUACAAAAAGCUGGUGCCUCCAAAGAGUUCAGCAGAGGUUAUUUUUCUAAGCUUUUCCUUCCUCUUCAGUCCCGCUGUCCCCACCUGCUCAGAAUACUUCAAAGCUGCAACAAGUUCCAGAUACCAAUGAGCACGCCUUCUUUCCCAGGAAGUAGAAGGACUACAGAGAUAAGAAGGCAAAUCUGCUGUAGCCAGAUCAACAAAGCUCAGUUUCGGAACUCUCGCCUUAUGAACAAACCAGGUCAUGCUUCAUUCAGUAUUUUACUACAUAUUGAAGUGCCUUUGACACAUUCAACAGUAUUUUGUUCAGGAAUUCAUUGGUUCUGAACUCUGCGCUUCUAAUCCCAAAGUGGAUAUUUUUGUGCCUUUUGUGGUUUUUCAAGCGGGAUUUCUCAGGUCUGCUUUUUAUGUUGUUAUUAUUAUUUUGGUGGGAGGGGUUUUUUUUUUUUUUUGCUGCAAAGAUGUAGAAAUAGAAGAUACAGUGAAAUACCCAAAGAUAUAAGCCUUACUAUAAUGAAUUCUCAACUUGAUAAUUUUCAAAAGUUCCUAGAAGCUGCUUCACGGGAUGUGUGAUAUUUUUCAUGGUUAUUACAAAUGUAUAAGCAUGGUAAGUAGCCAUGUUGUUUGUUGGCUUCUCCAGCAUCAUCUCUGGCAUGGGAAGACAACUGUAUGGGGGUGAUGAUCAUAGAAUCAUAGAGUUGGAAGAGACCUCAUGGGCCAUCCAGUCCAACCCCCUGCCAAGAAGCAGGAAUAUUGCAUUCAAAGCACCCCUGACAGAUGGCCAUUCAGCCUCUCUUUAAAAGCUUCCAAAGAAGGAGCCUCCACCACACUCCGGGGCAGAGAGUUCCACUGCUGAACAGCUCUCACAGUCAGGAAGUUUUUCCUAAUGUCCUAUGUUUCUGGUAGUGAAAGAAAUAAAUCUGAGUAGUUUGUUAUUACAAAAUAGGCAUUUUGGAGUGCCUGUUUACUCAAGUCUAAUGCACCAUUGAAUCUAAUGCACACCUCAGUUUACAAAACACUGAAACAAAAAAGAAUUGGCUGCCAAAUGUAAUGUGUAGUGGCAAAAAGUGCACUCUUUGCAAUUUGGUCAAAAAGGUAUGCAUUACAGUGGCUGCCUGCUUAGAAUUCCUUCUUUAAAAACAAGUGUUAGAACACAAAAGCUUCUAGCAAUUGAAAAGAAAAACUUGGGGUGCAUCUGUGCUGUAGAAUGAAUCCACUUUAACUGUUACGAAAUCAAGUUGUUUGACAAGGUCUUGGGUUUUCUCUGCCAAAGAAUGCUGAUGCCUCACCAAACUACAGAUCCCAGAAUUGCAUGGCGUGGAGCCAUAGCAAUUAAAUUUGAGGUGACAUCCCUCAAAUAGGAGCUCCAGGUGCAGUUUCUGAAGCAGCUUCCCUUUUUGCUUUGGCUCAGUACUAAGAUAACUAUAUGACACAAAUCUAAUGCGUACCCUAAUUUUGGCCAAAAAAAGGUGAACAUUAGAUUCGAGUAAAUAGGGCAUUGCUUGAUACUUCCUUGCACACGUCUUUAGAAUGAGUAUGGACAUAGAAGGACAAGUUGCUGGUCAUCUGUGAAUUCACACAAAUGGGUUGCCUGCACAGCACAUCUUUCAGAACUUUCUAGAGCUAUUAAUCAUUAUGGUCACCCUGUACAUCCCCUGCAAGUUUAACCAAGACGUUUCCUGCCUAACCCCCCAGUUUUAUGGUUUCCAGUGCAGCAGCCAAUGAUCUAAGGAAAGGCAAGACACAACAAUGGGGUACGGGUGGAGUUGUGUGAGUUCACAAAAUGAUUGCUUAAGGAAAUACAGUUACAGCUAAGCAACCUGUCUUCCUUCUUCAUGAUCUCUGCGACUCAUACAAAUGGGAAACUAGUAGCCAUAGGAGGAGUCUCAUUCUACUCAAAAGAAAAGCACAGCCCUCCCAAAUGCAAUCUUGGUUUGAAAACUUGUGUCUAGUCUAUACUAAGAAAUAAAAGUCAAGGGUUGAAACUAGGUUAGAGGUACACCAUGUAAAAAGACAGUAGACAUAGCCAUUGAUCCAGUUGGGUGGCUUCUUGGUUGUGCAGAAGUUCUCUUGCCAAUAAGUGCAUAUGCUAGUCUGAUUGUUGCUGCAAUCCAUUUCAAUAAAUGUUGCAACAACAUAGGAAAAAUCUUGAUGACUUCCGAAAAGGAGCAUUCAAGCAAUGGAGAGAGCAUUUCAGAUCAGCCAUGGGAUUUCGUAGGAAAGCAGAAAGCAUGAUGUCGACAAACAUCAUGAGUGAAGAGGUGGAAAAGACUGUCAAACUGGUGGGUUUGAUGAUGUAGACUCCAAAUCUGAAUCUGUUCAGAGUGGAAGAAGUAGUCAAUCUUAAACACUGAAAUAGAUAAGAUGCUGACAACAGCAGAGGAUACAGUAGAAGGAUGAACCCCAGAUUAAGAUGGAGACUGUGGAAGAGGUAACAUUGUAGAUUUUCCCUCUAGUAAGACAAAAUCUCUAGCCUAUGACUGAGAUAUCCACUGUGACAAUAUAGACGGCUCAAGAACUGAAGAAGCCAAUGUCUUAAAAGUUCUACUUUCCGACCGUCCAUUCCUGUGGUAUAACUCAUCUAUCUCAUGGUACUGAUGUAAAGUAUGUUUAAAGUCUCUAUAAUUAUGUGGAUGACCAGAAUCUCUGCAGUAGAAGUACUGUGAAGAAGGUGAGUAACUGUUGUGAUAAUAGGGAGAAUUACCAUAUCUGAAGUGCAAUCUGUGAUAUCUUGACAAUAUAAUGUUGAAUGUCAAGAGCAGCAAAUAUAUCUAGAUUGAAACCUACCAAAUGAGUCGCUGAAUGAACUCAAUCUAGACUACGUGUAUGAUUUUGCAAAGUACGGCUCCGCAAUGGGGUUGAGAAGUAUAGGUCUAGGAGACUGAAUGGUGCGAUGAAACU